ACUCCUCUUUUCUUGGUGUUUCUACCCCAGUUGACUCUUCUUCUGAUUGGCCUCGACAGCAGCCCUGUGCAGCCAAUAACGAUGACCGGGCUUUCAGCUCCUCUCGUCAAGGGUCCAGCCUCGGUCGCAGCCAUCGGCCGCAACAUGGAA